AUGUGGACACGGCUGUGCGAUCUCUUCCUCGACAAUCAGCUCCAACGUCGUGUCUUCCUCCAAGGGGAAUUCUUCACUAUGCAGCAAAACGAUCUUUUGAUCGAUGAGUACUGCACUCGGCUGAAGGUUCUCGCCGACGAGCUGCGCGACGUCGGCAUGACCAUCGACGACUCUGUCCUCCUCACCAACCUCCUUCGGGGCCUCCACCCCGACCUUGGCCAGUCCGCCGCCAACCUCUCCCUCGUCACGCCAACGUAUGCGAAGGCGGUCACGUACCUUCGUAUGGAGGAGAAGCGCCUCCGCCACUCUGCCCGGCAUGCGACCCACGCCGCCCUUCACGUCGGCCUCGCCGCCGGCCAUGGUGCUCCUCCAACCCUGCCAGGGUCGCGCGCGCCUGCUCCCGCCCCGCCAGCCGCGCCCGCGCCCUCUGGUGGCCGCAAGCAGAAGGGUCGCGAGGGCCGGGGCCGCAACUCCAACAUGGCGACGCGCCCUCCCGCGCCCGCGGUGGCUGCCCCUCCUCCGCCCUGGCUCUCGGGUACAAUCCCUGGACGGGUGUCGUGCAUGCCUACUCUAUGCCCGUCCCCCGCCCACCGGCUCCGGGUAUUCUUGGGCCACGGCCGACUCCUCCUCAGGCGCUGCUGA